AUGACGUAUCAGAAUACCCUGUUCCUUCAGUCUACCUGGAAUCGGCCGAUUCCCAAUUUCAGCUGUGGCAUUCAGAAGAAUCUAGUAGCUAUCAUUGGGACAUUGGACUCUGAAACCUCUCUCCAGGUUACCAACAUCUUAGGCCUCUACAGGAUUCCACAAGUCGCUUACUGCUUCAUAAAUGAUAAAACCCAUCUCCCUUUUUUGUACCAAAUGGUCCCCAAAGAAGCGUAUCAGUUCACAGGAAUUGUUCAGUUACUUCUACGUUUCCAAUGGAUUUGGGUUGGAAUUGUUGCGAUGGAUGAUGACAAAGGAAUUCAUUUCAUGCAGGUUUUGACUUCAAUGUUUUCCCAGAAUGGCAUCUGUACUGCUUUCACUGAAAGAAUACCAACCAUGGUGUCCUUGUUUGACAUUAUCUAUUUAAUGGAGUACACGGGGAGUAUGUCCCUUUCUUUAAACAUGGCCAACGUUAUUGUUCUCAGUGCCCAUAUUCAGACUGCAUUUGCACUGUUUGGGUUAAUGCAUCUGGCAAAACUGGGAAAUAGGGCAGUGACCGCCAUGAAUAAGGUGUGGAUUCUGACAGCGGAAUGGGAUUUCACAUCAAACACUUAUCAAGAAGGUUUGGAUGCACAAGUCUUCAGCGGUUCCUUAUCCUUUGCAAUUCAAUCCAGUGAGCUGUCUGAGUUCCAAAAUUUCCUUCAUGUCUUAAAUCCUCAAGAUCCAAAAGGAGACGGCUUCAUCAGAGCCUUCUGGGAGCAGGCGUUCAGCUGUUCAUUCCCUGGUUCUAAUACAGGUGAGGAGGACAGGGAAAUCUGCAGUGGAACGGAGAAGCUGGAGGACCUUCCAGGGACCUUUUUUGAAAUGAGGAUGACUGUCCAAAGCUACAGCAUCUACAAUGCUGUCCACGCCAUAGCACGUGCCUUAAAUGCCAUGUACUCGUUGAGACACAAACACAGAGCAGAUGGAGAAAGACUUCAUCCACUAAAAUGGCAGCUAUGGCAGCUUCACUCCUUUCUAAAGACCAUUUCAUUUAACAACAGUGCUGGAGAUGAGGUGGCUUUCAAUCAAAAUGGUGAAUUAGCAGCUGGAUUUGACAUUAUCAACUGGGUUACUUUCCCAAACCAAUCCUUCUCAAGAGUAAAAGUGGGAAGGAUGAAUCCCUGGGCUCCAUCAAGCAAAGAGGUCACCUUUAAUGAGAAGGUCAUUUUAUGGCAGAGCGCAUUUAACCAGGUGCUACCACUUGCUGUGUGUAAUGACAACUGCCAACCAGGCCACAGCAGAAAAAUGAAGGAAGGGAAGCCAUUUUGUUGUUAUGAUUGUGAUCCUUGCCCAGAAGGGAAGGUUUCAGACCAGAAGGACAUGGAUGACUGCUUCAAGUGUCCAGAAGAUCAGUAUCCAAACAAGAAUCGCUAUAUAUGCCUUCCCAAAGUCCCACAGUUCCUAUCAUAUGAAGAACCAUUGGGUAUCGCUUUAGCUUUGUGGGCACUGUCCUUAUCACUGAUUUCUGUUUUCGUGCUUGGAAUCUUCAUCAGGUACAGAGACACCCCCAUCGUCAGAGCCAACAAUCAGGACCUCACCUACUCCCUGCUCAUCUCCCUCCUGCUUUGCUUCCUUUGUCCCUUGUUAUUCAUUGGUCAUCCACAUACGGUGACCUGUUACCUGCGACAAACAACUUUUUGCAUUAUCUUCUCAAUAGCUGUUUCUUGUGUAUUGGCCAAAACCAUCACUGUGGCUCUGGCUUUCACGAUCACUAAGCCAGGAAGCAAGAUCAGGAAAUGGGUGGGGAAAAGACUGGCCAUCUCUGUUGUUUCUUCCUGCUCCUUUAUUCAAGUAGGAAUGUGUACUGUGUGGCUCUCUAUGGCUCCUCCAUUUCCAGAUUUGGACACACACUCGCUGGCUCAAGAAAUAGUUCUAGAAUGUAAUGAAGGGACCACCAUUAUGUUUUACUUGGUUCUGGGUUACAUGGGAGUCAUGGCUAUGGUCAAUUUUGUGCUGGCUUUCCUAGUCAGGAAGUUGCCGGACAGUUUUAAUGAAGCCAAGUUCAUCACUUUCAGCAUGUUGGUGUUUGGCAGUGUAUGGGUGUCCUUUAUUCCCACUUACUUGAGCACAAAAGGCAAAUACAAGGUGGCUGUGGAGAUCUUCUCCAUUUUGGCCUCUAGUACAGGCAUGCUGGUUUGUAUCUUUUUCCCCAAGUGCCACAUAAUUAUCCUCAGGCCUGAACUAAACCAUAAGGAACAGUUAAGAAAGAGAGAGUUCUAA